GGUGGGAGGGCAGCGGAGAGGAGCCGGCAGAGCCCCCCCCGCGGUCCCUGCAGGGGGCUGGGAGCCUGACGUUACGUGUGAAAUCGCGUGCUGGUGUGCUUCAGUGGGUUCGUGUUGUUGUUACGGAGCUAUGCGGGUGUAAAGUUUGGUGUGUGUAACGCCGGGAUGCAGCCCUUCCCACCGAGGAGCCUGCCUUCCGCCCUCCUUCUGCAUCCCUAAAGCUUCCAGGCAGAUGCCUUCUGGGUUUCAGCAGCAGGGCUUGGGGCAAAACCAGAGGAGGUGGCAGCGGUCUCCCUGCCGUGGGGUCGUGGUGGAGGCUGAGAUCGCUGGAAAUUUCCUGGCCUCUGGCAGCGAGUGCUGCGGGCAGCCUGGAGGCUGCUUGUACCCUGACUCACUGUACCGCAGGGCUGUCCUGCAGCGCUAAAACAGCAACCCGGGAUUUGGGGGCAGUUCUAAGUUGCUUUCAGGCUAACGCUUUGCACAACCUUUUCUCAAAGAAAUACAUUUGUGCCUGUGAUGCCUGCGUCACCUAGGAAACAAUGCAUCUGCCUGUAUGUACACCUUCCGUUCGCUCUCAACUAAAGACCGAACUGUCUUCAAACCCCAUGCCUUUCUGGCUUGGUUAAAGCUCUGUGAACCUACAGAUUAAGCAAGGGAAAGACAGGUAUGCUGUGAGGAACUCUACGUAUGGAGCAGUGUCCAUAGCUGGCACGCUGGAGGAGAAUGAGUACUCUAAAUGGAUUUUCCCAGCACUCAGGGGCAUGUGUUACUCAGAGCACCGGAGGUGGAGCAGUACAGGACCUGCAGGCUAAAAAAGCUGGCAAAGCAGCGAAGAAGGAGGCCAGUGGCAACGACGUGCUUACCUUUGAAGAUCCUCUACGUGUAGACACCUCUUUAAACGAAACCUUAAAGCUUCUACCGGAUGAACUCAGAGCUAAUAUAAAAAUCAAAUCAGUCACCCCAAGGCCUCCUAGGAAACCCCGACUGGAGCGUGCUGCAUCUCUGGAUGAGAAAAACUGGAGGCGGUGGAGGCGGUUUAGAACUAGUCAGGAAAGUCUGACAGAUCCCAAUGAGACGAGUUCCUCAAAUGGUUCUCUGCAGGAAGCGUCCCUCAGCCCUCCUAUCAGGGGUAGAGCAACCCCCUGCAGUCAGUGUUGCGAGCCGAAUUCCUUGCACAGUUCACCAGAUGCCUCAGAAGCAAGUCCCAUGGGGAAAAGCAGGGGAAGCACUUCUGACCUGGGGAAACGAGCCUCCGAGAUCUCCAGUGCCUUUGGUGGGCUUCUGCGAGGGAAAGCGUUUGCAGGCAGCAAACCCCGGCUGUCCCAAAUAAUGCCAGCUCGACCUCUGCCACCCAUGGAGCUCAAUGUGGCCUCUCACACGCUGAGGACAGCUAAUAGGAUUGACUCAGAUUUUAUGGAUUAUCGACAUUAUUCUCAGCACAAGUUUGGGACGGUGAGCAGCAGCUUGAGUGAUACCAGGCUACACGGCAAUGGGAUGGUCUACGAUAAUUGCUCCACAGACUCCAUGAAAUCCACGUUCAGCCUGCUCACCCCCAUUCGUUCCAAGGAUGUCCGGAGCAGAAGCUAUUUGGAAGGCAGCCUUCUGGCAAACGGUGCCUUACUGGGAGCAGAAGAGCUUAGCAGAUAUUUCCCUGAUCGGAAUAUUGGAAUUUUUGUGGCUACCUGGAACAUGCAAGGUCAGAAGGAACUUCCAGUGAAUCUGGAUGACUUCUUGUUACCAACAGAUCCUGACUAUGCCCAGGACAUGUAUGUCAUCGGAGUUCAAGAAGGCUGUCCAGACAGAAGAGAGUGGGAGAUCCGCCUCCAAGAGACACUAGGCCCCCACUAUGUCAUGCUCUACUCUGCUGCGCAUGGAGUGCUCUACAUGUCGGUCUUCAUUCGAAGGGACCUGAUCUGGUUCUGCUCAGAAGUGGAAUAUGCCACGGUGACAACUCGAAUCGUAUCUCAGAUCAAAACCAAGGGAGCUCUGGGAAUCUGCUUCACGUUUUUUGGGACCUCCUUUCUCUUCAUUACCUCGCACUUCACAUCUGGAGACAGUAAGGUGAAUGAAAGGAAGCUGGACUACAAUAAAACCAUUCAAGCACUUACACUUCCCAAGAAUGUUCCAGACACAAAUCCGUAUCGAUCCAGUUCUAGUGAUGUCACAACUCGGUUUGAUGAAGUGUUCUGGUUUGGUGACUUCAAUUUCCGACUAAAUAAGGAUCGUGAAACUGUGGAUUCCAUCUUGAGCCAGAACCCAGAAACAGGCGUGUCCAAACUACUGGCAUAUGACCAGCUUACUAGUGAAAUGAGUAGAGGGUCUAUUUUCAAAGGAUUCCAAGAGGCUGACAUUCGUUUCCGUCCUUCCUACAAGUUUGACAUAGGAAAAGACAGCUAUGACACCACCUCCAAACAAAGGACUCCUUCCUACACAGAUCGAGUAGUAUUCCGCAGUCGGUAUAGAGAUGACAUCCAUGCUGUCAAGUACUCAUCGUGUCCUGUGAUCAAAACUUCGGACCAUCGGCCUGUGUUUGCAUUGUUCCGUGUGAAAGUGAGGCCUGGCAGAGACAAUAUUCCACUUGCUGCAGGGCAGUUUGACAGAGAACUCUACUUAAUCGGAAUAAAGAGGCGGAUUACAAGGGACCUUCAGAAUCGACGAGUGCAAAAGGACCAAAAAUCCAGCAGCAUAUGUAGCAUUUCCUGAGCUGAAAACUCUGCGACGCUUGUGUUAGAGGUACCCAGAAAGAAGAUUUCAGGCCACGGCAAAAUCUGCAGGGAAUUGUCUGCCUAAGCACCUCUGGCAGUUGCUGUGGCUUGUGAAGAAAGUCUUAAACCUCAUCCUGGAUUCAUUUGCAUGAGCUAAUCCAUAUAGCUCAAGUGCUUUUGCUGAAGAAAACGGAGUCAGUUAUUUAGGACAUCCAUUCCAACAGAUGCAACUGAUUUAUUUUUAACCAUACUGUCUUUGGAAGCAAUCAGAUGCAGUCUCCUGGUUCUAAGAUAACUCCGCGCAGGAUUUACAGCUCUUGGAAUUGGCAUGACUUGGGGCAGGGGACCUAAGAAAAACCCGCAGAAAGGUGAACAUUUUGUUUUGUCUGUUUGAUUUGAUCUGGUAAGCCCAUGCAGGUUGUGGGGUUGUUCUUUUUUUCCCUUAUCUGUAGCCAAAUGUGCAGUAUUCUGUCAAAUGCUUAACAGGGACCAGUCAGGGGACUUGGGCAGUUUUGUGUAAGGAUGGCGCUCCUGUGCUGGGCUUUUUUGGUCCUCUCCAGCAAGAUCUGUGUGAACGUACUACUGUGCGUUCGAGAUGUGUAAACAUUUGCCUUUUAAUAAUUAUUCCAUAGGCCUUCUGUUGGGGGGGGGUAAAUAUCAAUCUCUUGCACCCUAUAUUUGGCUGUCGAGAUUGCUUGAGGCAGUCUCUUCUUUAAAUAGUUUCCCCUCCACAGGGGUGAUAAAACACUACCUGCCUUCAGCAGCAGGAUGCUUGAGGUGAAAACAAGGGUUUAAAUACAGCUACUGCGUAAUGCUCCACCAAAACGAUUUAAGAUGUUAAGUGAGUACCAAGGAUGUGUGCAGAGAAACUGCAGCAAGUCAGAGCAGUGCAACUUGUUACCUCUGAUGACAGUUACAUUUCCUUUGUUUUUAUUUUUCCCAAUUCAGUGAACUGUGAAUAACUUGCUCUUUUUCAAGUAGUGUUGUCUUAAGGCUAUAACCAUACUAUGUGGACCACUAUGGCACUGGUAAAAUGUAAGUACAACUAAUUCUUAAAAAGUCUUUGUAGGUACAGAUUGGCUGGAUCAUAAUCACCUCAGUACAUAACACCACGCAAACAAUUUGGAGGAAGUGCUGCUAACUAUGCAACCUGUCCAAGACAGAGCUUCUGUUCUGCGGUACAAACAUUUAUGGCACUGACCUGUCUGUAGCCAUCAGAGAUUUGGAUUUCCUUUCUUUUUUAAAGGAAUAUAAAUAAAUUACUAUGGUACCU